UGCUUGUCUCGUAACUACUUCUUACCCAUCGGCCCCUCUCACGCGCCCGGUCCCAAGCUUGUCUUCUACUCUCACCUGGUGUGACUGAACUCGAACUGGGAAGCCCUCAUUCCCUCUCCACUCGCUACCUGUUGGCCCGAAUACAUACGCGACCGAUACCAGCGCAGGCGGACAACGCUAAUCAUGGUUGAGCUGAAAUACACUCCCCUGGAUGAGAUCGACAAGAUCCGCACCUCCCUCCAUGCAGGCUUCCAGACCGGCAAGAGCAAAUCCCUUGCCUACCGCAAGUACCAACUCCUUCAGCUCGGGCAUCUGCUGAAGGAGAACCGCGCGCGGUUCGUGGAGGCCAUUCACGCGGAUAUGGGCCGCCCUGUCUUCGAGACCGAGUUCUACGAGAUCACCGGCGCGCUCACCGAUAUCACGGCCGCGGUCAAGAGCCUCUCGUCCUGGGCGAAGCCGGAAACGUCGCCGUUCAACUUCAACUGGUUCGCCAUGCGGCCCCGCGCGCACAAGGUCCCCAAGGGCGUCGUCCUCGUCAUCACGCCGUUCAACUAUCCGGUGUGGCUCGUGGUAGAGCCUUUGAUCGGCGCCCUCGCCGCGGGCUGCGCGGUCUGCCUCAAGCCGUCCGAGAGCGCGGCGGCGACGAGCGCGCUGUGGACGGAGCUGUUGCCGAAAUAUCUCGACCCGGACCUGGUGCGCGUCGUGAACGGCGCGGUGCCGGAGACGACGCGGUUGCUGGAGCUCCAGUGGGAUCAUAUCUCCUACACUGGCAGCGGCGCUGUUGGCCGGAUCGUCGCGUCCGCGGCUGCGAAGCACCUCACGCCGGUUACGCUUGAGCUUGGCGGCAAAUCGCCUGUCAUUGUCGACGCGUCCGCGGACCCCGCGCUCGCCGCGCGCCGCGUGCUGCUCGGCCGCUUCGUGAACGCGGGACAGACGUGCGUGUCGCCGGACUACGUGCUCGUGGUGAAGGGGAUCAAGGAUAGGUUCCUGCAGGAGGUGCGGAAGAGCUACGCCGCCUUCACCGCCGCCAGUGGUGAUCCUUCGUCCAAAUCGGGCCUCGCCCCCACCACCUUUUCCCAUCUCAUCCACUCGCGCGCCUAUGCCCGCAUCUCGGGCAUGCUCGAGAAGACGCGUGGGAAGGUCAUCGCGGGGGGUGAGAGGGACGAGAAGGAGAAUUUCGUCGGCCUGACGGUGGUGGAAGGCGUCGAGAAGGAGGAUGCAUUGAUGGGAGAAGAAAUCUUCGGCCCCGUUUUGCCUAUCUUGGAGGUCGAGCAUGUUGAUGAGGCGAUCAAGUUUAUCAACGGAGGCGACCGCCCGCUCGCGCUGUACGUUUUCGCGAAUGACAAAAAGGUGAAGGACAAGGUCCGCAACGAGACGAUCAGCGGCACGAUGGCGUUUAACGAGGUCGUGAUUCAGUUGGGAGCCCCCGGCCUCCCCUUCGGCGGGACAGGUGCCAGUGGAUACGGGUACCACAGGGGGAAGUACGGCUUCGACGCGUUCACGCACGUACGCACCGAGAUGGACAGUCCGGCAUUCAUCGACAAGAUCCUCUGGUGGCGGUUCCCGCCGUACACGGACGCCAAGCUGCGCGCGAUGCUCCGCAUGAUGAAGGACGGGCUGCCCGCGAAGCCCAAGGGGCCGCCGAGGCUUGAUGGUGCGUCGGAGGGCGGCUGGCGCAAGUGGGCCGUGGUGUUACUGGCGGUCACGGCCGCCGCCGCGGCGGUGAAGAGGGCGAGGAACUGACUGGCCCUGUGGUGCAGACUCAUGACGGAAAGAUGGUAUGAUAGCGGACAGGCAAGGACAGGGCCCAGGAGAAGUUAACGUGUUGUCGGUCGGCGCGAAGGACAUGAUUGCUCGCGAACGCCUUAGGGGACCCCCCGAGCUUGCGAGGGAGGGGAGAGGCGGAGCGAGCAAUGUGCUAUCACGUGAGUCAAAGGGGGGCCCGUUCACGGGCCAAACGGUAGUUUCGCCUCGUCAUCGCUGUUUUCGCUCCGCUGUCCGCGCAUUUCUUCGAAUUUUGCUAUGGUCAAAAUAUGAAUCUGGGUCUGCUCUACGCUGGCUAGCAUCCUGCCAC